AUGUCGUGGAGAAACUCACCGAAUGAUGAACAUUCACUUGCAGAUUUAUACAGAAGCAAUGAGAGAACGCAUGGUGCAACAUAUCGAAUGAUUGAUGAUAUAUAUUUUGAAUCACCUGCAGAUUUAAAUAAAUCAUUAAAAAUCGAUUCUGAUAAUGCAUACGCGUUAAGAAGCCCAGCAUCUAUUAUAGAUUAUUCUUAUUCAUCCGUGCAAGAUUUAUACGAUGCUAUUCUUAACACAUUAUUUCCAAUAAUUUUUGUCAUUUUAUUUAAUGUCAGAGGUGAAACUGGACGCAUUAAGAAAGUGGUAUUACCAUUAAUAGAUGAUAUAUUAUAUAAUAUUAUCACUUGGUUGAUUCCACUGAUAGUUGCUUUUACUUAUGGAGAUACAUUAUAUAUAAAAAUAUUUUCAAUUAUAAACAUGUGUUUACAUGUAUUUUGUGCAGUAUUCGCAAUAAUUAAGCAUGAAACAAUUAAAGGAUCUAAAGGAAAAACUUAUUCUGAAUAUAUUUUUUGGUUUUUAGUGUUCUUUCCAGUAAUAGUAAUCCCAAUGUUUUGGAUAAUUACUAUUAUUCUUUAUAUUUAUGGUUUAUUAGAUUUAUUUGCUCCAUGUGUAUUCAUAUUGGUUUUAUCUUCGACAAGAAAUAUGUCUUAUUAUACUGAUAAGGUUCCUGAUGAUUUUUUGGCUACUUCAACUGCAAUAACUCAGUAUAUGUUACGUGAUGUAUUAGCACCCGAUAAUUUUAUGAAACCCGAGGGAUCAGCAAGAUGA